AUGGGUCCUGUCAUCAUGGGUCCUGUCAUCAUGGGUCUGAUUAUCACAGGUCCUAUCAUCAUGGGUCCUAUCAUCAUGGGUCUGAUUAUCACAGGUCCUAUCAUCAUGGGUCCUGUCAUCACGGGUCCUAUCAUCAUGGGUCCUCUCAUCAUGGGUCCUAUCAUCAUGGGUCCUAUCAUCAUGGGUCCUGUCAUCACGGGUCCUAUCAUCAUGGGUCCUCUAAUCAUGGGUCCUAUCAUCAUGGGUCCUAUCAUCACGGGUCCUAUAAUCAUGGGUCCUCUCAUCAUGGGUCCUCUCAUCAUGGGUCUGAUUAUCACAGGUCCUAUCAUCAUGGGUCCUAUCAUCACGGGUCCUAUAAUCAUGGGUCCUCUCAUCAUGGGUCCUAUCAUCAUGGGUCCUAUCAUCACGGGUCCUAUCAUCACGGGUCCUAUCAUCACGGGUCCAGUCAUCAUGGGUCCUGUCAUCAUGGGUCCUCUCAUCAUGGGUCCUGUCAUCAUGGGUCUGAUUAUCACAGGUCCUAUCAUCAUGGGUCCUAUCAUCAUGGGUCCUAUCAUCAUGGGUCUGAUCAUCAUGGGUCUGUUCAUCAUGGGUCCUGUCAUCAUGGGUCCUGUCAUCAUGGGUCCUGUCAUCAUGGGUCCUAUCAUCAUGGGUCCUCUCAUCAUGGGUCCUCUCAUCAUGGGUCUGAUUAUCACAGGUUCUAUCAUCAUGGGUCCUAUCAUCAUGGGUCCUGUCAUCACGGGUCCUAUCAUCAUGGGUCCUCUAAUCAUGGGUCUGAUCAUCAUGGGUCUGAUUAUCACAGGUCCUAUCAUCAUGGGUCCUAUCAUCAUGGGUCUGAUUAUCACAGGUCCUAUCAUCAUGGGUCCUGUCAUCACGGGUCCUAUCAUCAUGGGUCCUCUCAUCAUGGGUCUGAUCAUCAUGGGUCCUGUCAUCAUGGGUCUGAUUAUCACAGGUCCUAUCAUCAUGGGUCCUAUCAUCAUGGGUCCUGUCAUCACGGGUCCUAUCAUCAUGGGUCCUCUAAUCAUGGGUCUGAUCAUCAUGGGUCUGAUUAUCACAGGUCCUAUCAUCAUGGGUCCUGUCAUCACGGGUCCUAUAAUCAUGGGUCCUCUCAUCAUGGGUCCUCUCAUCAUGGGUCUGAUUAUCACAGGUCCUAUCAUCAUGGGUCCUAUCAUCACGGGUCCUGUCACCAUGGGUCCUAUCAUCAUGGGUCUGAUCAUCAUGGGUCUGAUCAUCAUGGGUCCUGUCAUCAUCAGUCCUAUUAUCAUGGGUCUGAUUAUCACAGGUCCUAUCAUCACGGGUCCUAUCAUCAUGGGUCCUGUCAUCACGGGUCCAGUUAUCACAGGUCCUAUCAUCAUGGGUCCUGUUGUUGAAAUUUAUUAUAAUGAUUCUGAUGGCUGA